UGCCCAGGACUCCUCUUCCGACACGAGUACACGUCACGAGCUAGGAGUAGCUGCUCGCUGCGGCUCGCCUCGCGCUCCGACCGGCUUCCGGCGGCCAUGGCGAUGAGCGACACCGGCUCGAGCUUCGCGCAAUGGGCCGAGCUCUACCACCACGACCCCACCCCGGGCCUGCCCGCCGCCGCCGCGUUGAGCCCGCCGACCUCGGGCGGGUCCGGCGGGAGCCCGACCAAGGCGGCCCGCCGCCAGCAGCAGCAGCAGCUGGGCGUCGACGGGCCCCGGGCCGGGAAGCCGGCGCGGAGGCGGUCCCGCGCGUCGCGGCGCGCGCCCGUGACGCUGCUCAACACGGACACGGCCAACUUCCGCGCCAUGGUGCAGCAGUUCACGGGCAUCCCCGCGCCCCCCGCCGGCGCGUUCGGGGCCGGCCCGGUCAUCAGCUUCGCCGGCGACUACGGCUUCCCGCCGCCGCCCUCGGGCGUCAUGUCCUUCGACCACCUCCACCGGAGCCACCCCCACGGGCCGGCGCCGCUCCCGGACCAGCUGAUCCGCACGCAGACGCAGUACACCGGCGGCGCGUUCGGCUACAGCAGCAGCAGCCUCCUGCACGGCGCCGGCGGCGACCUGUUCGCCUCCCCCCACGAGCUCGCGUCGGCGGCCGAGGACCGGAUGCUCCUGCAGAGCAUCCGGCAGGCGGCGGCCCACCACAUGCCGCCGCCGGCGUCCGCAGCUAACGCCAGCGCUAAUGGCUUCUUCGCCUGAGCAAGCAAGCCGAUCAAGAUGCCCGCGUCCUUGCGACGUGCAUGGAAGACAGAGACCAGAUCAUUGCCGGAGAGGCGAAGACAAAGGAUUAACAUAAAAAAGAAGAAGAACAAGUUCAGUCAGGAUCGAAAGUUUUUUUCUUGGCGUGUGAUGUUUACUUGUUUAGGUUCCUCCUCCGCUUGUUCAAUUAGUUCAUGCAGCUCCGUUUAUCGGCUGCGGAGGUUGUAAAUGUCUUGUUAAUUUUGUGGUCACUCUCAUGGAGAUUAGUUCUCAUCCAAGAUUUAUCC